CAUUUCUCUAUGGAAGAUAAGCUAAUCAGCAUCAACACAACACUCGGAAUACCUCUGAUGUAACCGUUAUUAUUUGACCUUGCAUUUGUAGCGUUUGAUGAGCGUGUCAGAUGCGGUAUUUUUGGUUCAUACAUGAAUGCUUACCACAAAUAAUAAGAAUGGGAGAGUGAAUAAUGUAUUUCUGGGAAUUUAGAAAUGGGAAAAAAGAAUAGUAAAUUAAAACCAGAAGAAGUCAGCGAUUUAAAAAAGAAAACAUAUUUCUCAGAAGAGGAAAUUCAACAAUGGUACAAAGGUUUCAUGAAGGAUUGUCCUGACGGCAAACUGACAUUAGAUGGUUUUACAAAGAUUUAUAAACAGUUCUUUCCGUUUGGUGACCCAAGUAAAUUUGCUACCUUCGUUUUUAAUGUUUUCGAUGAAAAUAAGGACGGUUUUAUAGAAUUUGGAGAAUUUUUACAAGCUUUAUCCGUGACCUCUAGAGGAAGCGUACAAGAAAAGUUACAAUGGGCUUUCAAAUUAUAUGACCUUGAUAGUGAUGGUUAUAUAACACGAGUAGAACUGUUAGAUAUAGUAGAUGCCAUAUAUAAAAUGGUGGGUAACAUGGUUAAGUUACCAGAGGAAGAAAACACUCCUGAGAAAAGAGUGAAUAAAAUAUUUGACAUCAUGGAUAAGAAUAAAGACGAUAAACUAUCAUUUGAGGAAUUCAUAGAAGGAUCUAAAAAAGACCCAACAAUAAUUCAAGCACUGACUCUUUACGACACACAAAAUAACUCAAGCUAGGGGUAAACAAAACCCUUAAUAUCACAAUCUCUCAAUGAGAACCAUAUGUAUGUCUUCCAAAACCAUGAUGAUAGAUUCAUUGUAACACACUUGGGAUAAUGUGACUAAUGUCAAACCCGAUAUCUGAGUUACCAUGGAAACAGAACCCCUUUUAAAGAGGAAGACCAAAGAAACGCUUUCUGUACACAGACAGCGUUACUUAACUCGACUGUUUUCCGAAAAAAAAUUUUAACUACGGUUUUUUAAUUUUUAUAUUUUGUCGAUAUUUGUCAGUAUCACGAAUUACCUGUAUAUCAUAUACCAUGUACCAUGACAGAUUAUUCGGCAGAAGUAGAAAAAAAUACUAAAUAUAUACGAUUUAACAAACUGAUACUAGUUUACAAAUAUACCUGCUAAACUAAUGUGUAGUAGUGUAGUAGUAUAGUCAUCAAGGCCAAUCAUCUAGAUACAAAUAGUAGGAUGUUCUAGCUUUGUACAAAAAAUAAGGAUAACAUUUUUCCGAUUUAUAAAUAUCUUUGUUAUUGAAUAUAAUUCUGCAUAAAUUCUAAAAUACAAUAUAUUCGAAAGAACAUGCAUACAAUUCGAAAGGUGAAGGUCAAUUAAAAAUAAUAACAGAAUGUUUACGAAAAGGCUUAGUACGUAGUUAUACAUUUGUAAGUGUUAAUUCAAUAGAAUGACUUCAACAUAAACUAUACUGCUGUGAUAUAGCUCAAAUGUAAAUCUAACAUUAUAUAUGCUUGAAUGUAUUUAAAGUUUAUUUAUUGUUUAAAAAACAAAUGUGACUGAACUGUAACAAUUUGUUUUCAACUUGUUUGUAUACUGUAACAGAUAAUGUUGAUCAACCUUUAGGUUGGUGGCUUUUCUUCAUUUUGAAAAUAAAAUGUUUAUGAGAUGGAUCGCAUCUUUACUUGGAGGUUUUCAGUUGCCAACCUGGAUAUGAUUAAUACAUAAUAAUUUUCCUGCUAGAUAUUUCAAAAAUUCAAACAUAAAAACUAAAGUAUCAUUUUUAAAUCUUAUAAACAGAAAUUACUCCAUAACUUUAAUCAAGUAAUAGCUUAAGUGAUAAGGGGAAUAAAUAACAAAUGUUUUUAAUAUUAUACUCCGCUUUGUAGUUGUCAUUGUUCCCCUCAUUUGUUCGAUUGUUCGUCAGUUCAUUCACUGUAUCCGCAUUGCCACCAAAGAAAAAAAAUGAUCAAUGGAAUUAUUGAAGAAUCAUUAGUAUUUUUUAUCCUAGGUGCAUCUCCUGUUUAUUUUUUCUUCAUUUGAGAUUUUGAUCUUUAACAGCAAAAUAUGAACUCUGUCAAUAUAUCAGAAGGGGAAAACAUUGUGUUCGGGACCUCGUAUAACAAUGAACUUAUCUGAGGAAAACUUUUUUAAUCUUAUUGUCCAUUUCUUUUUUCUAUCUGACUAAAUUGUGAUUUUACACAGCAAAACAGAACAGAACAAAUUAGAAUGUGCUAUGAAUUUUGAGCGCUGGUGCUAGUUUUGUCUAGUGCUUUUCAUUGUAAUGUAAAUGAAUAUAUAUCAAAGAAAAUAAUAAGAUAAAACUUAUCAUCUAAAUGAUUUGUUUUGGAUGUAACUAAACAAGAAUUUUCAUUCAAUGAAAUAAAACAAGAAAUCCUGGAUUGUAUUUCAAACAUUUAUUACACUAAAGGAUACUUAUUGCAACAUAUUCGAUUUUAUGUUGAUAUUCUUCUGGUGAAAGGGAGAUAACCGGAAUUCAACGCAUGGUUAAAUCUUACAACUUUGAUACAUAUGUGAAGUUUAGCCAAACACCUACAAGAAACAUAGAACUUGCUAAAAAGAAUAAAGCUGACUUCAGUAUCUGACUUAUAAAUUACAUAGAAUUUUAUAUAGUGCAUUUGUUAAAAUUUGUUAUUUAUUAAUGGGUUUUCUUUCUGGUACAUGUAAACGGAAAAUAAUCUUAUCUGAACUAUGCUACUACGCCUGUUAGAAUGUAUUUUAUAUAUUAUCCUUACAUUGUAGGCUAACAUAAUACUUAGGUAUUCAUUAUGUAUAAGUAAUGUUGGACGUACAAUGUGUAGUAACAGUAUAAAUAUAUACCAUAGAUGACGUAAUUGAACAUUUGUCAAUCAUUUUAUUACAAUGCUCAUUUUCUCGAUGUUAUGUAUGUGUUUAUUUAUCUUACACCUGUUUGUUUCCCAGUAUAUAGAACAUAAUUAUGCAAGAUGUAUUUUAUUUUAUAAAAUUGUUGACAUUUUUCACAUGUUUUUAAUAUAUUACUUUUGUUGUUCAUGGCGUGUUUCCUCACUCAAAUACAAUUUUUGAAAUCCGU